AUGGCAUUAAGUUGUUCUUCUUCAGCAUCAACACCGCCAUUCAUGUUCAAGUCUAAUGUCGUUGUGAAACCAUCUUUUUCUUCAAUCUCAAUCUCCUUUAGAAACCCUAAAUCAUAUCCCACGGUUAGAAUCCACUGCGGUGCAACCAAAUCUCGUAACCCCCAGAAAAGUUCUUCUUCUACUCCUAAGAAAAAGACGAAGAAGAAAAAUCCAGCUCUUGACGCUUCAGAAAAUUGCAACAAGGAUUUUGAAGUUUUGAGGGAGCGUUCCGUGGAUUCUGGUUUCCAGAAUGUUAGUACCGGUUUGGAUUCGUCACAGAACUAUUAUGAUGAUGAUUUGAUGUUGCCGAAGCCUCCCACCGGCUUCUCUGUGGACGAUGAUGGGAAUGUUUCUAUCACUUCCACCAAUAGACUUGUCACUAUAAUUGAUCCGGCUAAUAAUCUUCCAUUGGAGUGUUUGAUUCGGAGAGUAUUCAAAAGCUCUCAGAGGGAGGAAUGUAUGUUAGUUUGUCCGGUUGAUACGCCUGUGUAUAUAUUAAAGAGCACUGUUCAUGGAUGGUCCGCGAUCAGUGAGGAGGAAACUGAAUCUAUUCUACCUGCUGCAGCUUUUGCGCUGGCCAAGAUACACAUGCAUCUUGUUUAUAGCGGACACUUCUACACUGCACGUGGGGGUUUUACCUACACAGAACAAGAUAUAAUUGACUUUGAAACAGAUGAGGGUGAUGAAGACAUAGAAGGCUGGCUAAGUGAUGUUGUAGAAGUUACAUAUUUUGAGUUGGAAGGUACUAACUACUUAAUUCACACACAAUCUAAGCCACCUCAAUUUGUUGUUGUGAAGGGUGAGAAUGGACUGUUUCAAAUGGCUGAUGCUGACAUACUCGAAGACUAUGCUGUAAGUGAUGCCAUAGACGAGGAGAGUGAGUUUAAUGCAUUAGUGGUAGAAGAAGCUGCAUUUAUUGAAGCAAUGCUGAAUGAUAGCGAAAAUGAUAGUGAAAAUGAAAUCUAA